GAAAUAUGAAGAUGUAUAACAAAACUCUAUUCUCUAGUUCUGAAAUCAUUUUACUGCAUUAUUUAUUCUAGGUCUACAUAGAAGAACGGUGGCAAAUUUUGCAUUAAUAAUGAAAUCUAGAAAGCCUCUAAAAAUCUAAAUUAAGAUAAUGUCCUAAGUGUUCUUCUUCCAACUUUUUGAGCAAACCAGUUACCAAUGCUCUUCUUCCUGCCCUGCCUGCCCUCUGGUGGAGGUGUUAAAGAGCAGGCCUGGAGAUCAAGCAAGCCAUAAGGGAACUAGAAGUUGUGAAAAAGACCAGGCCAAGCAGAUGCAUCCUCUCUAGACUUUGAUUCAAGAACUGGUGACUCAAAGCAGCAGGGAUGACGCAGAAUCCGUUCUGGCCAGGGCAUAGCAGCAAUGGCAGCUGCAUCCGGUUUCCAGUGGCGGGAGAGACAGCUGUUCUGUGGCAGUGUGCAGUGUCCAGCAUCCAAGGACUUGGCAUUGCAAAUUACGAGAGAGAACAUGAGUGAGGAAUGAGCAGAGAGAGAGGGAGACACAGAAUCUGAAGCAGGCUCCAGGCUCUGAGCUACCAACACAGAGCCCGACGCGGGGCUCGAACUCACAAACAGUGAGAUCAUGACCUGAGCUGAAGUCAGAUGCUUAACCGACUGAGCCACCCAGACAAGGAGAGGAGAUUGAGAGGAGCCAAGAGUGGAGCACAGAUGCCAACGGGUGCCAAGAAGAAACACCGGCACCCUGUCCCCUACGGGGCAAAACCAAGGGAGGUCAUUGCAAUAUCUGGAUUUACUUAGAUGAAUCUCAAGUUUGGAAUAGCACCCAGCCAAUAGGACACCUGGGUAACAAGGACUGAGUGUGUAUGUCUAAGAGAAGAGAGUUUGGAGAACAGAUCAUCAGCCACAAAGGUGUUUUAGAAAAUAAUUAUGAGAGCUUACGUAUACUAAAUGUUGAAAGAAAUGGAAAUGUUAUUUAUACCUAUAAGGACAAUAAGGGAAAUGUCUUCUUUGGAUUAUAUGACUGCCAGACCAGACAAAAUGAGCAUCUCUAUACAUUUGAAAAAGACUUGCACGUUGUCAGCUGUUCUGUCAAUAGUGAUAGAACUUUGCUUGCUGCGAGUUUAGUUCAUUCUACUAAAGAAGGAAGAAAGAAUGAGCUUCAACCAGGAUCAAAGUGUUUAACUUUAUUGGUUGAAAUCCAUCCUGUUAACAAUGUGAAGGUUCUAAAAGCCGUGGAUAGCUAUAUUUGGGUGCAGUUUCUCUACCCCCAUGUGGAAAGUCACCCCCUUCCAGAGAACCAUCUGUUACUGGUUUCAGAAGAGAAAUAUAUCGAAAAGUUUCAUAUCCAAGUCAUCCAAGAAGAUGGAAGUAGAGUGGUAAUUAAAGACUCUGGUCAUCUCCUGAGAGAGAGAGUAGCUGAGGAUUUUGUUUGGGCUCAAUGGGAUAUGUCAGAGCAGAGAUUAUACUACAUUGACCUAAAGAAAUCAAGGAGUAUUUUAAAAUGCCUCCAGUUUUCUGUUGAUGAGAAGUUUAACUUAAUGUUUGAAGCACCCUUGGAUAUAACAUUAAAUGACUCAGGAUUUAAACUUGUAAACUUUGGAUGUGAUGAUCUUCAAGACCAAGAGAACUUAUCGAAACACCUGACCCUGUGCGUUUUUACCAACCAUACAGCUCUACUAAAUACCUUCUUACUUCUAGGAAGUUUAUGUGUGUGUUACAGUCCGAAGUUUGACUCUUGGGAAAAAUUCACAUAUUCAGUGUUUUACUUUCAUAAAGGGCACGGCAAGACCUUCACUGCUGCUCUUGGGAGUGUUGACUCACAUGUGACAAAGGGCCUUACUUUUCUCAACCUUGACUAUUACUUGGCUGUUUACUUACCUGGUCAUUUUUUUCAUCUACUUAACAUUCAACAUCCAGACCUAAUCUGCCACAGUUUGUUUCUGACAGGAAACAGUGAAGUUGUUGAUAUGCUACCUCAUAGUCCUUUACAGUCACUGUCAGGGUCCCUGGUACUGGAUUGGUGUUCUGGAAAGCUCUAUAGGGCACUCCUCAACCAGUCAUAUUUAUUACAGUUCCUAUGGAACACUCGGCUAGACUGUGAGAAGAUGGCUGUGUUGCACUGUGUGCUCUCCUGUGGUGGAGACCGCCGGUUCCUGGAAGCCAAGAUUAUUCAGUGGAUUUCUGAGAAUAUCUCUACCUGCCAUUCAUUUGACCUCAUUCAGGAAUUUAUAAUUGCUUCUUCAUAUUGGAGCAUAUGUCCAGAGACCAGUAACAUGGAUAAACUUUUGCCAUAUUCCUCAGUGCUCACUUGGAAUACAGAAAUUCCUGGAAUAACCCUUGUGACAGAAGAGAUCGCGUUGCCUUUCAUGAAGGUGCAUAGUUUUAAGGGUUACUGGGAAAAACUGAACUCCAACCUGGAAUAUGUUAAGUACUCCAAGCCACACUUGCACUAUAACAACAGCAUGGUCAGGAGAGAAUGGCACAGCCUGAUCUCAGAAGAGAAAACAGGAAGAAGAAGGUCCAUGGUGUAUGUGAAGAAUAUUCUUGAUAAUGCAACGAAGGUGAUUUCUAACCUAGAAGCAAGGAAUUUGGAGCCAAGAUUAACACCCCUCUUCCAGGAGGAGGACAACCACCAGAGACUGCUUAUGGGUCUGAUGGUGUCUGAGCUAAAAGACCAUCUUCUGAGACACCUACAGGGUGUAGAAAAGAAGAAAAUUGAACAGAUGGUUCUGGACUAUGUUUCAAAACUGCUGGAUCUCGUCUGCCAGAUAAUGGAAACCAGUUGGAGAAAACACAGUCUUCACCCCUGUGUUCCCCACUUCAGUGGGAGGGCCAGUGCAGCUGAAUUUAAAGUCUUUCACAUCAUGACCAGGAUUCUGGAAGCUACCAAGAAUUUGUUUUUACCGCUGCCUCCUGGUUUUCACACUCUGCACACGAUCCUGGGUGUCCACUGUCUCCCUUUGCACAACCUGCUGCAUUACAUUGAUAGCGGAGUGUUGCUUCUCACGGAAACAGCUGUCACAAGGCUCAUGAAAGAUCUGGACAAUACAGAGAAAAAUGAAAAACUAAAAUUCAGCAUCAUUGUGCGGCUUCCCCCGCUUAUUGGUCAGAAGAUCUGUCGACUUUGGGAUCAUCCUAUGAGCUCUAACAUUAUUUCCCGGAACCACGUGAAGAGACUGCUGCAGAACUAUAAGAAAAAGCCCCCAAGUUCCGUGAUUCACAAGUCGUCAUUCAGUGUGGAAUUUCUGCCUCUGAACUACUUCGUUGAAAUACUGACAGACAUAGAAUCCUCCAAUCAAGCCCUGUAUGCUUUUGAAGGACAUGACAAUGUGGAUGCAAAAUUUGUAGAGGAAGCAGCUCUGAAACACACCAUGAUGCUUUUAGGCUUGUAAAAGAGAGAAUGCAAUUAUACCCGCCUCCAAUAGUUUAAUCUUGCUCAUUAGCUUGACCUCUGUCAGGAAUCCUUGACCAAUAUUUAAAAUUGGUAACCAAAGUCAGAAUGCAUUGUCAAGCCGUCUGACUUUCAGUCUGGUACUUGUUGAGACAGAAUCAAACUGCUGUGCCUCAUCCCAGUUUUGGACAGCAGACAAGAGGUCAGUGACCGACAGUCCCAGGAGGCACACAGUGUCAUCAGUGAUGCUCUUCCCUAGUGGCUUACCUUCCUAAUGGCUUCUAGGCCAAAAGCUAGUUUCUGUUGCACUCUGAAAUAAAAUAUGCUUUAAAAAAAUGUAGGGAACAGUGUGUAGAAAAACAGAAACUAGAUGUGUCGUUGAAAACAACAUAGGACAAGCAGAAAAAUUAAAUGUUACAUAAGAACUGUAUUUGGAAAGAGGAUACUUUUUAAAGAGCUGAAUUUGGACCAGGUCAAAUCUGCUAUUUCUAGAAUAGAAUAAUUUGUAACAUACGGCAGUGUGUACAUCCAGUAUUUAGAGUAGGAUUUGUUUUUAUAAUGGUUCGGAUGGAACUGUAUGUAUAUGUUAAAGUUCUUUUUUUUUUUGUAUUUAUAAAAGUUUGAUUUAGUAAUAUCUUGCCAUUAAAAUAAGAAACACUGAA